AGGGGAGGUGGGCAAGAUGGCGCCCGGCGAGUGAUUCAGCCUACUUAUGUCCAGCGGCCGCUGAGACUUCGGGGCGGGGGAUUCUGCCCCCACUGCCUACCUUCCUCCUCUCCCCCGCCCCCGGAGACCCCCUGUUACCCUUCCUUCCUCUACCUCGGGGUGGGGGUGGGGGAGCGGGCCUGGUUCCCGGGACACCAUGUCGGACUCUGAGGAGGAGACCCAGGACCGCCAACUGAAAAUCGUCGUGCUGGGGGACGGCACCUCCGGGAAGACCUCCUUAGCUACGUGUUUUGCUCAAGAAACUUUUGGGAAACAGUACAAACAAACCAUAGGACUGGAUUUCUUUUUGAGAAGGAUAACAUUGCCAGGGAACUUGAAUGUUACUCUCCAAGUUUGGGAUAUAGGAGGACAGACAAUAGGAGGCAAGAUGUUGGAUAAAUAUAUCUAUGGAGCACAGGGAAUCCUCUUGGUAUAUGAUAUUACAAAUUAUCAAAGCUUUGAGAAUUUAGAAGAUUGGUAUUCUGUGGUGAAGAAAGUGAGCGAGGAGUCAGAAACUCAGCCACUGGUUGCCUUGGUGGGCAAUAAAAUUGAUUUGGAACAUAUGCGAACCGUAAAACCUGAAAAACACUUACGGUUUUGCCAGGAAAAUGGUUUUAGUAGCCACUUUGUCUCAGCAAAGACAGGAGACUCUGUCUUCCUGUGUUUUCAGAAAGUUGCUGCUGAAAUCCUUGGAAUCAAAUUAAACAAAGCAGAAAUAGAACAGUCACAGAGGGUGGUGAAGGCAGAUAUUGUAAACUACAACCAGGAACCUCUGUCAAGAACUGUUAACCCUCCUAGGAGCUCUAUGUGUGCAGUUCAGUGAGCGCACUGUACCUUUGUACCAGUGGUCCUGGCGGCCCUUCCCCACUGUGUGGCCUGGGGCCUCUAGAAGCUCUGUUAUCAGUGGCCAUCUCUGUAGCAUUCGGUUAACACUUUCCUUCCAGCUCCCUUGGCUCCUCAGCCUGGACAGGAUUCAACUUUGGGAUGACAAGCUUGGAAUCUAAAAUGGAAAGCCCUUUCUCUGGAAUUAGACUGCUUCACUGAAAAAGAAUAAUGUUGGUUGUCUUUACGUUCUCCCUUCUUUUUUCUCCAAUGUAAACUUUUUUAGACAAAUAUGAAAACUAUACAAGUCUUGAUCAACUGCCAGGAUUUUGGCACAAAAUCAUUCUCUCAUCUGAACUCCUACCUGGCAAAUGCGCUUCCGAGUGCAAACAUUUAAAUAAGUAAUAUAUUUUAUCUAUAGAUACUUCAGAAGGCAUUCUUUUGCUGUCUGUUGUGAGUAAAAAUAUAUAAAGUUGUAUCCAACUGAAAAUGCUUGAAAUAAAGCUGUAAUAGAUCUAUUUUUUUCAUUUUUUAAAAAAGAGCCUAAAUUGUUUAUAUUGUAAUUGUAGCUCACAAAGUAGUGAGUAUUUGCUGUUGUAUUUUUAUUACUGUGUCAUGGUCAUUAUGUAUUGUGUAACACUCAGGUUAGAUGGCUUUCUGAGGUUUGAUAAGUGUUCAGCUGAUGUCUCCUCCAAACUGCAGAAGAGCAUUCUCAGACGAGUCACUGCUAGUGUUGGAUCAUUGUGGGUCAGACUGUACCUGAUGUUCAGAUGUUCUUCUCCUGCAAAUAAACUUAUUUCAGUUACUUUU